CUCGUACGCGUUCCGUUCGUGUUUUCCCCCCCUGGAGCACACGACCCAAAAAACAGCUUUUCGCAUCUUUUUUGGAUUUCCAUCCUGCAAAUCGCCAGACAAACAAUGAUGACGACUGCGAGUCCCUCUGUCGCGUCCCUGCUUCUCGUCUGGGACGCUCACAAGGCCUCGCUUACUCACCCUUCCCCGGCUACAGCCGCUGCGCUCGUGUCACAGCAUUUUGAUGAGCAAGCGUCUGUCGUGUAUGUUCCGACUGCUGCGGGUGGGGUCGGUGUAGCGGAUAUUGAGGGGUUCUUUAGAAAAGUUGUUGAGCAAGCGGGUUGUGUUGCGGAUGAUAAGGUUAUCAACCGUGUGAUUGGCGAAUACAGUAUUGCGGAAGAAAGUAUUUUGACGAUCGUGCAUGAGGACAUGUUAGAUUGGCUUCUUCCCGAUGUGAAGCCUACCAAAAGGCGCGUUGUGAUCCCCAUGUCGACAUUUGUGACAUUUAGUCCAGAUGCGAAAAUAACUGCCAAGCGGGUGUAUUGGGACCAGGGCUCUGUGAUGCGUCAAAUUGGGCUAUUGCCGCCAUCGGUGUUUUGCAAGGCCAAUGGAUCUGAGACGACGCUCCCAGUUUUGGGACCAAAAAUUGUGGAUCGACUGACAGAUGUCAAAGCGCCUUCUAAUUUGAUUUUGAGAGAGCAUUGGGAGGAGUCUCCUGUUGCGGGUGUUGUGACCAAGGCAAACGGUGACAAGGCUCCAGGACGUGAACCUGUCCACGGUAUCAUUCCACAAGGCGAUGAUGAAGAGGAGAUACGCCUUGCGCAAGCGAAGCGCCUUCACCGGACUUCAGUCUCUUCCAUCGUCCCUCAAGCAGAGGAGCCUAGCCCUGCCUUACGGCAUCACAAAUCCAUGAUCAUCCCCCGCCAGACAUCCAACAUAUUCAACCAAGAUCCUGUGGAACAGGUCCGUCCAUCCACACGGAUCCAUCACCAGCCCGGCGGAAAACCUUCCAACAUUUUUGCUGACGAGCCUGUUCCGCUGCGGACGUCGGUUCCGAUUGACCCCCGCCGAUUUGAAUCCCACAUCAAUUUUGGGGGGGAUGCGGCUGUGGCUGCCGAAGAAUCUGUCGAUCGCCAAGACAUUUCUGCACACUUUCGAAGGGACCCCAACUGGUCGUCCUUGGACCAAGCGAGGGACGACUCUGUCCACACUGGGAAAAAAGUCUUUGGACAAAUGAACAAUCAAAGUCACUUUUCGUUGGGGAAUGAUAACAGUGCUGCUCCCCUUGUUUCGGGGGGACGAAAGCACAGUGACAGAGCGCAUGCUGAUAAUGAUAUUUUUGGAGGGCCAGAUAACAGUGCCAAUCGUCCCAGGUCUGGGAAGAGGGAUCCGAAUGCUAGGAGUACGGAAGCAUUUACUAGGCCGUCCAGCAGGGUGCUUCGUCCUCCUGGUGGUGGACAGUCAUUUGCCUUUUAAAUUGUAAUGUUUUGCUGUAUAUAGGCGAAGUCUGUAUUUAAACCGCCAUGUAGUUUGGUUGAUUACCUACGUGUGGACAUGUGUGUGAGCGUUUGAAAUCCUUGGAAUAAUAAACUCUUUAAAAGC